CGUGAUGUGCAAUGGGGUUUCGAGUGCCACUUGCUUGUAUUAGCAUUAAUUGUACUACCCAAAAUGUUUCAUAAAUGUUCUAGGCUUUGUUUUCUUAUCUUCUCCAAGUGAGAGUUCGCCGAACAAACCCUCUCCUUCGCCGUUUGAGACGGAUGCAAGAUGUGAGUUUUUCUGCUUAAUGGAGUCUGCUCUUCCUUUAAUAGUCGGUCGCACCAUGUAGAGGAAAAAUUCUUGAGGGCACCUGCACAGUACUACCUUUUAGAAUCACCUCCUUUUAAGAUAUUAUAACGCUUCUAGUCCGAUCCACGUUCAGGAACACUAACUCUCCAUUCUUUUUCAAAGGAACAUACCACAAAGAGACUCUAAGGGAUUCUAACACAUUGACACAUACUUAAGAAGGCAUCAUUAUUUGAUUUAAUUUGAUUUAUUUUUAUAUUUUUUAAAUUUCAGCGAAAAUGGUGUCCGUAACAGCACUGCCAGUAUUACAGUUUAUGUGCAUUCUGUGUCUACACUUACCUGUGGACGGGCAGGGUAGGUUUAAGGGGAUAAUGUUUUUAUUUUCAAUUACUAUUCAACGAAAUCAAUAUACACUAAUAUGAGUUAGUGUUUAUAAAAAAAUUCUCAUUUUAUUAUUUUAAUUAUUUUUUUUAAAAAUAGAGUAUAUCAAUUUGUUCGGUCAAUAUAAGCAACGAAAUAACCAGAUAACAUUGUUUUUGUUAGGGCAUUAGAUUAAAUACAAAUUAUUAGAUACAAGCAUGCUAUUUAUUGUUCAUAUAUCGUAAGGAGCGUGUUUAAGAACUAUUUGUUUUUAUUAAAUGUUUCAUCAACAACAAAAAUAUUAGUUUAAUAAAUGCCAGUUGACUGCUUACUUUUGAAUCUUAGGCAACGUCCCAUCAUGCAAACAAAGGGGGUCAAAGCGCGUUGGAGAACUUUGUUUUAACUACAAUUCUUCACCAGUUGAUUGGUACCAAGCAAAGGUAAAACCACUUUUUUUACGAUGUUAUAUUUUAAAUCAAAAUUAUGCUUUCUUUACAUCAUAUAAAGACGCAUUGGGGUUAUUUUCCCAAAUAAAAAUAAUAAAAAAUAUAAAAAAAUCUUUAGUUGUUGCUUGAUUUUUAAAUGGUACUUUGUAAGACAAUUUUUUGAAUUAUUUAAUAUAUAUAUAUAUAUAUAUAUAUAUAUAUAUAUGGACUGACAUGAUUAUUUGUUCUUUGGAGUAAUAUAUUGCUCAAAUUUUUAAUUUUUAAUACCUAAAAUUACACAACGUAAACUAAAAUAGAAAAAGUAUUUAUUUAUUUAUUUUUAAAAAAAUGUAUAUCUUUAAAAAAAUGAUUCUCUGAAAAAACAAUUAUUGUAUUUUCUGGGAAUAAAAUAUUUUUACUUCCUUUAUUUCUUUUUGACAAGUUCAUUUAAAAUACAUAGAAUAGUAAAUAGGAUGUGCAAUGAAUUCAUUGGCAUUAGCAAAGUAAUAGAUAGCAGAAAAUGUUAGACAAAAGUAAACGAUUAUAUAAACUUUUUCUUUUGUUACUAAUACAGACCAACUGUGAUGUGCAUGGAAUGACACUUGCUUAUGUUAACUCUGUGCAGCAAAUACGAGAGAUUCUUCAAGAAUUUGAGAUAGAAAAUCAAGGUGAAGAUGAUAUAUAGCUAAAAAUAACUUGAUAUCUGAAACUAUAUAUAUAUAUAUAUAUAUAUAUAUAUAUAUAUAUAUAAGAAUGAGCUAGGCUAACCGUGAAGACAAAGAACGGUAACUAUAUAAAUCUGAUCGGAUUCUUAAAAACGAUCAUAGUAAUUGCCCGCUGCUUUACAUAUAUCUAAUAAAUUUUACGAGAGAUUCUUCAAGAAUUUGAGAUAGAAAAACAAGGUGAAGAUGAUAUAUAGCUAAAAAUAACUUGAUAUCUGAAACUAUAUAUAUAUAUAUAUAUAUAUAUAUAUAUAUAUAUAAGAAUGAGCUAGGCUAACCGUGAAGGCAAAGAACGGUAACUAUUUAAAUCUGAUCGGAUUCUUAAAAACGAUCAUAGUAAUUGCCCGCUGCUUUACUUAUAUCUAAUAAAUUUUAAUGCACAAAAAAAAAUUAAUUAUCCUCUUUUCUGAAGUAAAGUUUUAGUAUUAUUAUAAAUUAAAAGUACAUUUAAAGCAACACCUAAGGAACUAUCUUAAGCAUCUUAAAUGCAUUUAAAUGUUAUUAAAGUAUUAAAUAAAAGAAUUGCAAUCAAAGAAUUACACCGUAAGUCACAUUUUUUUCCGGAAAAUCCAGACUUCAGUUGUUUUAGCUCGUUUUUAGUGCUUUGUUAACAUUGCGAAAUAAAUUUAAAAUUAAUUUGUUCUAAAUAAACUCGGAAAUGCUGUCACAGCAAGAAUGGCCAACUUUAUCCAAAAUGUUUAAGUUUCUUUGAUCUACUAACAACAAGUUACAAAACUAAUAAUGUACUUUUGCCUUCUUAGAAGUAACAUUAAUUUAGAUAAUUAUUGGUUGCUUUUAAAUCAUAUAAAUAUAUAAAAGUGAAUGUUUGUGGGUUUUGUGGCGGUGUUUGUUCCAGAAAGGCUUUUACAUGGAUUGAUGGAUCUUGGCCAAACUUGGCACAUAUAUCAAUCUUGAUCCGAAAAGAACUCUUAAGGGGUCAUGAAGUUUUUGUCAAAUUCCGUUUGGGGCUGGGGCCCUGAAUUCGUUUUUUCCUUAUACGAGCUAUAUAAAUAUCAAUAACAACAAAUACUCCUACCUCCAUUGAUGGAUCUUGACCAAACUUAGUACACAUGCACUUAAUUAUCCAUUCCAAAAAAACCGAAAGUUACUAAACUAAGAAUAUCCAUUCCUUUGGGGCCGGGCGCCCCGUUUCAAUUUUUUCUUAUAUUGUCUAUAUAAAUUUCAACAGGCUUAAUACUCAUACAUGAAUAGAUUGAUCGUGGCGAAACUUAUUACACAUAAUCAUGAGCAUCCAUAUUCAAAUAGCGAAGGGUACUGAAUUCAAAAUGUCCAUUUCUCUGGGGCCAGGGUGCCCCAUUUCAUUUUUCUUUAUAUAAGCUGUUGAAUAGCGAUAGGGUUAUACAACGGUAUACGUUCUAUGUGAAUUUAUAGAUCUAUGCCUAGAUUUGUUCAUUAGGCUUCUUAGUCGUUAUUGAAUUAUAUGUGAAUUUAAUAAUAUCCACUCUAGAAUGUUCCAGAAAGUUGGAUCAUUUUAAAAAGCUAUAUCUUUGGCUUUUUUAAGUAGAUUUUAAAGGGACCAAUUUUAAAUUUUAAUUCUAUUAUUUAUCCGUCUGAUAUGUAUAGAGCCCCCUAUCUCAGGCAUAACUAGAUCGGUACAGUUAUGGAAUGGGCCCCCCACGGGGCCCCUUGAUUAAUUUAAAAGAAAAAGGAUUAUAAGUAUGGCAUUUUUUGAAGAUUUUUUAUCGUAUUCAAAAAAUAAUUUGAAAACUAGUUUUUACACAUGUUUUUGAGCAGGUAAUUAAAUUUAAUUUAAAAUAUUCCAGAAAAGUCUAAAUUGUUACAAGGAGAUAUAUAGUGGGAUGUAAGGGAAUAUUGAAAUGUUAGUUAGGUCUAUACAUUUCUAUACUGCCCCGGAGUUUAUUGUUCUCUCAGUAUCACUAACGAAUUUUUUGAUACGGGAUCCCAAAUAUGUCGGGAUCCCUUCAUAAUCUUUAUCCCAACGGAAUCAGGAUCCAACCAGAAAAUGGGAUCCCAUCGGGUUCUUAACCUUGAACAGAUCCACCAGGAACGCGAUCACACGGGAACCGGGACUACACCGAGAUCGGGGUCAGAAUUGGAUCGGGGUCAACCAGUAUCGAGGUCCUAAUCCAAUCCCGUGCAACGCCGGGUAUAUAGGCUAGUUGGUUAUAAAAAGAAUAGUUUUGUAUUUUUAACAUUUUAUAAUUUUUAUUUCAAGAAAAUAGUUUUUAUUAAUGUAUAUAUAAAUAUAUAUAUAUAUACAUAAAUAAAUAAAUAAAUAUAUAUAUAAAUAUAUAUAAAUAUUUAUAUAUAUAUAUAUAUAUAUAUAUAUAUAUAUAUACAUAAAUAAAUAAAUAAAUAUAUAUAUAAAUAUAUAUAAAUAUUUAUAUAUAUAUAUAUAUAUAUAUAUAUAUAUAUAUAUAUAUUUAAUGCAUAUUUGCUGUGUUGCUCACGGUAGAAAUGGGUUGAAAGACUUUGACAUUGUAUGCUUGGAAUUAGUUUUUGUAGUGUUGCAUUUGUUUUAAAUGUGGUACAUUAUAGAUUUGUUUUUUGUUGACUUUGUACCGCGCUUCGAGCCUUUGGGGAUGAAGCGUGUUUUUGAAAUGAACUUUAUUAUUAUUAUUUAUUAUAUGUAUAUAUAUAUAUAAAGUAAUACCAAAUUAAAAAUUUAAAUCAACUUUUAAUGAGAAAAUAACUUUUAAGCCAGUCAGCGAAACCAUAGCCAAAUAACAUUCACUGAUGCACAUUUCGUUCAUCCAAAAAUAACCAUCAUAGAAAGUUUAGGAAAAUUUGUGUUUUGCGUACCUAAAGGUCUACAAUACCCUCGAUAUUGUUAUUAAUUUGUUUUAAAAUCUGGGUUGGUGGGGCUCCGUUUCUUUCGAUUAGCCAUGGGUAGCAGAAGAUACAACCCAGAAUAAAAGCAUAACUUCGAUAAAUGAGUAAUCUUUUUUAGAUACAUUUAUAUUUUAUUUAUUUAGGCAUUUUUAUAUAGCGCUUACCUUAAAGCUCUAAGCGCUUUACAAUUAUUAAAAACAUGUAAACUAGCUAAAAUAAAAAUGAGACAUUAGGAUAGUAACUACUAUACCAUAUAAACAAUUAAAAUGGCCAUAAAACGAUGACACUUUGGCACGUUUUGGCCUAUAUUACAGGAUUAACCCGAGAUAGAAAAUGAGGCAGGGCAAGGAGGGUGCAUCACAGGUCAUAGGUAGGAAUUAGGAUGUGUACAUAUUUGCGUGGAUGACAAUACGUUUGUAUCAAACGAUGUUAAAGUUGUGAAAAUAAGACGUUACAUUUUUUUAGAAAUAACUAUAUGUUGAACAAUAAAGAAAAUCAAUGGCAUUAACAAAACGUGGGUACAUUUACAAAAGUACUAUUAUUAAUAUCAAAACCGAAUUAUGUUCAAGAAGUGAACAUUUAAUAUUGAAAAUUAGUGAGGGUUAAUGUUUUCUUUGAAAAAUGAAAUAGAUAUUGUUAAAAGUAAAGAGGUUUACGUUGUUUUGAGAUGUAUAACAAUUCUGUGAAAAAAGACACUCAAGGCUCUUGAGGCACGAAAAACGGUUAAGAGAUUUUUCUUAAGAUAAAACGAAUUGUUUGUUUUAGGAUUUUUUGGAGACACGCAUGCAAAAAUUGUAACAUUUUUAAUGAAGAUAUUACUAUCCAAAAUUCCGUCAAUAGAAAAUUAUUUUAAAAUUAUUUAUAGAGUUUUUUUUGUUAAUUUAAGAAAGAUUACGUUUUCACAAGUUUUAGAAAUACAAAUUUAGUUUAGGGACACCACAAAUGGUAGGGUAGGUAAAAAUUUAAAAACACAUGACAUUUAAUAUAUUCCUUAGCGUAGAAAUAAGUCUUCAAUGACCUCCUUUAGAUAUAUUAAUGAUUUAAUAAGUGAUAAUAUAUUUGAUAAUUUAAGGUCAUGUUUAGAUUAAAAAGUCUUCGUUAUUGGCGCGAAAAGGGGCAGGGUAGGUUUAUCAUAUAUAUCAGAAAAGAACUCCUCAAAACUUUUCUUGAUGUUAGGAACAUAAACAUUAGUGCAUACAUACUUCUUUUUAAAAAAUAUUCCGAUAAAUUUUCGCAAUAGCCGGUUGAAAUUAUCGCAAAGUACUGACAUUAUUAUCUCGAUGCCUUCGGGUGAUAAUUUUUAGUACUAUAUAAAGAAGAGCUACAUUAAGCUGAAAUUUAAACACUUAUAAAUUGAAUCAAUUUUAAUGUGCCCAGAUUCUUAAAAACAAUACCAGGAAUGCCAUAUUAAGGGAAAUCAAUAUUAAAAUAGAAAUAAAAGGAAUAUAAAUGGGGUUGGCUAAAAAAAUCCUACCACUUAUGCGUAAAAACUAUACAAUUUUACAAUUAAAAAUCAAUUUUUUUGUAUUCAGUGUCAAGAAAAAAGGGUGAGUAGGUCUGUAAACUAUAGAAGAUAAAAGUUUCUUAAAACUCAGUGAUGCAAGAAACACAAUAUGUAUAUUUAUAAAUACCAUUUUUAAAGGAAUUGUGGUUUUAGAUUUUUAAUUUUUUUAAUUAUAAUUUUUUUUAUUGUUUUGAAGAUAUACUACAUCAAAACAAGAUUAAAUUACCUGAAUAAAAAUUUGAGUUUUAGUUGUUGAGAAUUAGCAAUAGAAGUUAGAAUGAUCGCGGUGUGCUUAUCAUUAUUGUCCCAGUAAAGACAUGCAAUGUUAUGACAAUCUUUUAAGAACAUUAAAAAAGUCUCUACUUUUAUUUUAGCAACAACAUUAAAUAUUUGAUAUUUUCAUUGUUAAAAAUAAAAAUCAUUGACCAUGUUAUACUUCUUUUAUUACAAAAAAGUUCAAUUUACUUAAUUUCUGAAAGUUAAAAUUGUUAAAGUUAACAUUACAUAAUUAUUAAAAUUAGAAUAUAUUUAUCAAUACCAUCUCCAAAUUCGAUUUCUUUAGAUAAAAAAAUAUGUUUUACAAUUCUCCAUUAAUAUAAAAUGCGCGAAAAAAUGUUGAGUAAUUUGUAUUUAAUUAAGAAUUAAAUAUAUUAAUCAGUAUCAAUACAUACCUGUAAGUAUAACAUUUGUUAAAAACAGUACGUAAUCUAUUUUUUUAGCUAAGGAAAUGUAAAAGGUGUUGUUUUUUUAUGAUGGCCCUUUAAAUAGAUUACCAUGCAUAUAGUAUGUCUUUUUUCUGCAAAUAAACACGAUUGUAGACCUUAAAAAACUCAAUGGAUUUCAAAAGUUAUCAAAAUUGCUUGAAUACACAAGCAGAGUAGAUUAGAUUUAUUUAUGGAUUCAAACUUGACAAGCCAUGGAUAAGUUUUAAGAAGUCUACAUCGACGAAUUUAAUUUUUUAACAAAAUAUAAACGGUAAUAGAUGUUCAGGAAAUAGUAGGCCAAGGAAUGUGGAAGCUUGAAACAAAAGACAGGACAAUAAGAUCAGAACCGUUCGGCUUAGAGCCUUCGUCAGCAGACGGGACAAAUGAAAGAUUGGCAUGAGACCGAAAAUUGGGAAAAACUUAAGCAAUGGCCACCGUCAAUGCCUUAAGUUAGAUUUUUCAAAACCAGGGUUACUGGAAGUAAAAGAAUAUGUUUUAUUACUGGUGAUUUAUAAGGUCUGACAUCUUACUGACAAAACUGUUCAGAAGACAUGACAUUCAAGAGUAAAGAUAAUUUUUGUUGGAGACUAUUUAAUAUAACCAUAUGGAAGUUAAUCCUAUGUAAAUUAUAUUUUUUUUUUUCCUAAUUAUAGUUUGGAUCGGAGCAAGUGACGAAAACAAGGAACGCGAAUUUAUCUGGGCAGCCUCAAACGAAAAAGCUACGGAACUUGAUCAGCUUUGGGCAGAAGGAGAGCCCAACAAUGAGCCAUAUUAUCAUGGUGGAGAUGAGGACUGUGCAAGUCUAUUAAAAUCAUUCUAUGUUAACGAUGCUCCAUGCAGCAUAAAGAUCCCCUACCUCUGCAUUGAAAAAUGUAACAUUCAUUAUUAUAUUUAAUAGUAUCAAUCAAUAAUUAAGCUACAUAACAAUAUAAAACUCGAACAAAAUAACGAACAUUUAAAUCACGCAAAGGUAUAUCAUAUUAUGUAUGAAUAUGUGUAUAAGGUUAACAGCAUGCUGAUGAUGUUAAAUUUAAUACAGAUUUAAUCAAGUGUUGAAUAAAAUAUAUACAAAAUUAUCCUUCGUUUAAUAUAAGGAAACUUAAUCUAAAAAAGCAAUUAUAAAAAUUUACUCUUUCACAUCAAUGAUCUUUUUUUUUUAAUAUAUAUAUAUAUAUAUUGAUUUUUUUAAAAAGUAAUAUAACCCUGAAAAAAAUUAAAUUAUAAAAUUGGUUAAUCGUUCUACACAUUUAUAUUGAUCGUUUAAUUAAAGUUUCACUUUAAAGCAAUUGUAGUAUCAGAUGUAAACAAAAACAAUCAAUGCAAAUUCAGUUAACUGAACAAUCCAUAAUCGUUAAGGUCUGCUUUAUUACACGUUGGUGUUACUAUUUGACUGUUCUUGUAAUUUUCACAAAUUUCUUUACAAAGUUAUAAACAUGGGUUUCUACACAAAGUAUAAAUUUGCGCAACAACAAAAAAACAUAUAUCCAACGUGGUUGAUUUUGUUCAAUAAAUGGCAUUACACAAGCGUUUACCAUUUUCAUCCGCAAUGCUUCUUCAUUGCAAUCAAAAGAGUUUCUUUUGACAGAGCUUACACAAAUUGACUUGUGUAUUUUCGCAAAAGUUUAAGAAUCUAAAUUACAAAUUUCCGCCUAUGUUGAAAACAGCUUUUGCCACAGGAAGUGUAUAGAUUUCCUUGAAAAACUUUUCAGUAUUUAUCGAGCAAAAAUAAAGUGAACAUUAUUUUUUUUUUAAAUAUAAAGAACGAAAGUAUAAGAGACAGUAAAAUAACGGCUACAUCUAACUACACUAUGAAAUAAUAAGCAAAAUUUUUGGGAUAUAAAUAUUCAUAUACAUGCAACCCAAAACAUUCACAUCGAUUAUUAUUAAUGAGAUAGCUUUACAAUCUGCAACCAUCUCUAUUCUUUGCCUUUUAUUUGGUUGACAUUUACUUUUUUGGGGUUUUUUUGUGUGUGUGUUGGAAACAAGCAUCUAUAUUUGACACACUUCUAGAGGUCAAAUUAAUAUUUAACUUUUGACAUCUGCCUAUGUCCAAUAGAGUAACUGCUUCGAUUGUAUGUCCCAAAUGACUUACAUUUAACACUUGAGUUGCCUUUGCGCAUUAAAUCUUGCAUCAACAAGGUAAAAACGUCCCAGAUGUUCAACUGGGCUGAAACUUUUUACACCAACCCACCAAAGAUUACCAAAAAAAAAAUGUUCAUGAUCAGUGGUUCAUAUGUGAACAUAUAUUUCCCUUAUGGUACUUCUAGUAUCAUCUUUUGACCCAAAUUCUUAUGUGCGAACUAGCUAUAACAUUUUACGUUUUGCACACACAAUUACAAUAAACCUUUUAUGAGCAAUUGGUCACUAGUGAGGUCUAAUCACCAUUGAGUGAAUUCUAUCCUGCAUCUCCUUUUUUACCCUCAUCCUUAUCUCCAAAUGUGCCGAAACUUUUUUUCGAUUCCCGAUGACAAUACACCACUUAAUGAUCAGCGUGUCACCAAUGACCUCGAUCGACCCUAUAUUAUUUUCUCAAGAUAUCUCAGGAACGGUAAGUUAUGUAACAUUGGGCUCUAACUGCAGCUUUCCGUACAAAUCGUUUCCGUUUCUCGAUAAUAAUAAACGAUGUCAAUCCUUUUUUUUUUUUGGUCCACUGAUAGGUCAUCAUUGACCAGCAACAAUUUAAUUUUUCUGUAAAUCCCAUACUCAUUUUAGUCAUAAAUUUCACUCUACAUUCUGAUCUCCUAUUACAUACUUCGAAAAUAGAAUUUACUAAAUAUAUUUAAUUUUUUUUUUAAAAUUGGGAUUAAAUUGAAAUGAAAUUGUGUACUCUUACCCAUCUCUAAUGACAAUAAACAAACCCACGAUCAUUAGAUUAGCAGUGAUUUUGCAUCCAAAUCUGGAACUUUUUUCUGAUGUCCGAUUGCGCUAAAACUUUGCUCUUUUAACCUAUCUCCGAUGUCAACAAAUAAAAAAUGAUGAUCAGUAAGGCAAAAUUUAUCUCCACGUUCCCUUGAGUGACCUCUAUCUAACCUCUCAUUUCGACCCACAUCAAGAUGUCAAGUUAAGGGUAAUGUUUGUACACUUACUCACCCGAUAACACGCAAAACUUAAUAGUAAGUCAAUCGACAGUGACAUUCACUUUAGAAACCUUCUGCGGAUAUCUCAGAAACGGAUAGUGAUAAGGACAAUAGACUAUAACUAUAGCUUUUUCCGUGUGCAUGGUUACUCGUUCCCAGUAAUAAGCGACAUGAUAGAAACAUUGUUUACCACAGACAGAUCCCCUCUAACAUUGAAUGCUGUUGCAUGUCAUAGUCAAACAAGAUUUUCUUUGUCCAAUGUUUCAACCAACUUUUUUUUUCCCUACUACAUCUUCCAAGAGAUAUACGUACACAUAAGAAGACUUUUUUUUCCAAAUAUGUCCUGCAAUUAACACAUUUUUAGUCAUAUGGCUGAAACAACUCUAAAGUGUUGGAUACAAUUAUUUUAUAAUAAAAUAUUUGUUGGAAAAGCGUUUCAUUUUAAAUGAUCAUAAAUCUGAUGUCAGGUCACACUCUAGAUGUCUCAGUCGCUUUGGACAAGCAAAGACGCUUAACCUAGCGCAAAAAAUGAGAAUAUGCUCAAAUGAAAAAUUUAAAUUGUUUUAAGUACCAAUACCCAAUAAGGAAUAUUUUUUUAAAAUGUUAAAUUUAAUUUACACAUUAAACUAGUUGUAAAUGAUAAUAUAUUAACAGUUUUUUUUUCCUUCACAAAACAUAAGAAAAGAUUUUCAGUUAUGCUUUUUUUUUUAAAAAUCGCUUUUUAAAUUACCCUCUGUUAUUUUUAUUUUUUAAAUUCAAAACUAUUAUCUUUCUAGCUUGUCCUUACAAUUUAGAGGUCCUUCGAAUAUUGGAAAACAGUUUAACAUUUUCAUGGAAGCCGGGCUUCAAUGGUGGCCAACCACAGACGUUUAUUGUCACAUAUCAUGACUUUGGGAAAACCAUAUUUCGUGUGGCUGGUACGGUAACAGUCCCUAGAGUCAACCAAACGUCGGGCAGUGCUGUUGAAUAUUCUGUAACUGGCUUAUCGAGGAAUACUCCCUAUAAAAUUUUCAUCAACAAUGGGGAAACAGCAUGCACCACUUUGACACUCAUUACUCAAACGACCGGUAGGCUUGCAAAUAUGCAUGCAAACAUAGUUAAUUCUUUUAUGUAAUUUUAAAAAAUUUUAGAAUAACUAAUUAUCAUUGAAAAAAAAAUAAAUGUAAAAGGAUUUUUUGAAUGAUUACAUUUAUCUAUGUUUCAACCAACUUUUUUUUUUCCCUACUACAUCUUCCAAGAGAUAAACGUACACAUAAGAAGACUUUUUUUCCAAAUAUGUCCUGCAAUUAACACAUUUUUAGUCAUAUGGCUAAAAUAACUCUAAAGUGUUGGAUACAAUUAUUUUAUAAUAAAAUUUUGUUGGAAAAGCGUUUCAUUUUAAAUAAUCAUACAUCUGAUGUCAGGUCACACUCUAGAUGUCUCAGUCGCUUUAAACAAGCAAAGACGCUUAACCUAGGGCAAACAAUGAGAAUAUGCUCCAAUGAAAAAUUUAAAUUGUUUUAAGUACCAAUACCCAAUAAGGAAUAUUUUUUUAAAUUUUAAAUUUAAUUUACACAUUUAACUAGUCGUAAAUGAUAAUAUAUUAACAGUAUUUUUUCCCUUCACAAAACAUAUCAAAAGAUUUUCAGUUAUGCAUUUUUUUUUAAAUUCGCUUUUUAAAUUACCCUCUGUUAUUUUUAUUUUUUAAAGUGAAAACUAUUAUCUUUCUAGCUUGUCCUUACAAUUUAGAGGUCCUUCGAAUAUUGGAAAACAGUUUAACAUUUUCAUGGAAGCCGGGCUUCAAUGGUGGCCAACCACAGACGUUUAGUGUAACAUAUCAAGACUUGGGGACCACCAUAUUUCGUGUGGCUGGUACGGUAACAGUCCCUAGAGUCAACCAAACGUCG